UUGGAGAUAUUGAAGUGUUAUCGCAAGUGUUAUGCUAAAAUAUUAACGUGCAAUUUUUUUUAAAGAAAUUUUUAAAUUUCAAAAAUAUGGGUGAUGGAAUUUCAGAAAUUUUUAAUUCUUUUCAAGACUAUUUAAAUAACGAAGAAGAAUUGCGUGAGGAAAUCCGUGCUAUUGUAAAAGAUCUUGAAAAAAGUGCCAGAGAUAUUCUGAUGAUAUUGCAAAAUAUUCAUAAUGAAAAUAACAUGGAAGAAAACAUAAUUGUAUCUCAAUAUUGUGCAACAUCAAGGGAAUUAUUUAAAGAUGUACGUAAAAACUAUAUAAGACUUGCAGAAGUUGUACCAAAAGACCAAUAUUAUAGAUUUCAUGAUCAAUGGCGUUUUGUUACACAAAAAUUAUGUUUCUUAGCUUCUUUAAUAAUAUAUUUAGAAAUUAAAGUUUUGGUCACCAAAGAAACUGUUGCAGAAAUAUUAGGAGUUAAAAAUAAUAGAGAAGAUGGUUUUCAUUUGGAUUUAGAAGAUUACUUAAUGGGUUUACUACAAUUAUCUGCUGAAUUGAGUCGUUUUGCUGUAAAUAGUGUUACCAAUGGUGAUUAUAAUCGACCUAUAGAAAUAGCACGUUUUGUAAAUGAUCUAAAUGCAGGUUUUAGACUUUUAAAUUUGAAAAAUGAUUCUCUACGAAAACGUUUUGAUGGUCUAAAAUAUGCUGUUAAAAAAGUGGAAGAAGUAGUUUAUGAUCUUACAAUACGAGGUUUGAAACCAUUUCCAAAUCCAAUUGUUCAAGAAACAGAAUAAUUAUGUUUUCAAAAAAUAUCUUAUAAAAAUAAUAUAUAUUAUAAUAUAUAAUAAAUUAUUAAAAUAGCUAUU